AAUGGCGAUACCCGAGCACACCUGGGAGCGCUGCUAGCCAAAUAUAUCCAGCAUGUCCGGAAAGCUUCUUCUGACCGGAUGUAUAUCAGCAAGCACCUGGAUGGCCAGGACUCCAGCCACAGGAUAAGCGACCGUGACUACCUGGGCUGGAUGGAUUUCGGCCGCCGCAGUGCUGAGGAGUAU